AUGCCGAGAAAACCAGUUGAGAAUGUCAAACACGAUCGUAUGCUAGGUAACCAAGGAAGCCGUAAAGGGAAAGAAAUUCCUAGAGUUGAUGAGGACGGUUAUAUGGGGGUCAAAAGCAAGAAAAUUGCAAGGAAACGAGGAGUUAAGGUGGGCAAGCAGAAACCUAAGUUUGAGUAUAGACCAGUUAUUACGAAACAUAAGGAUGAGUCUAGAGUGAAGCCGACUUCAUCUAAUUUCCAUUCGAGAAACCCUUUUGAGGUUUUGAAUGAGGUUCAUAGGGAGAAAGGCCAAAGUAGUAAUGGGGAUAGUGGUGGUCAAGAGGACUCUGAUGAUGAAGAGGUGGUUGAAGGUUAUAAUGAAAUGGAUGAGUUUCUCACGGGAGGGACUCUUAAAUCUUCUAAAGGAGCAAGCACUCCUUUAACCGGGGUUUCCAAUGAGUCUCUUGUUGAUGUUGGUAAUCUUGCGAAGGUUUGUAAUUCGGUUUUUCGUCGUUGGUCUUGGAUUUCAAAUGGUAGCUGUUGUGAUAAAGGUACGAGAAUCAUUGCUAGGUGGAACUCGGAUGUCCUUGAUGUUAUUGUGCUGGCCCAAACGUCUCAAGUUAUGCAUCUUCAGAUUAUUUUUAAGCUGGAUAAAAAGGUUUUAUUUUGUUCGGUUGUCUAUGCAGCGAAUUACUAUAUCAAUCGAAGAGAUUUGUGGUAUCAAUUAUAUUUACAUAAAGCUUUUGUAAGUGAUAAGCCUUGGGUUAUAAUGGGUGAUUUUAAUUCGGCUUUCAGCUUAGAAGAUCACUCUAUGGGAACUUCCUCUAUCUCGAUUGGCAUGAGAGAGUUUCAAGAAUGUGUUUCAGAUAUUGAGGUGUUUGAUAUUAAUCGGUCCGGAUGUCACUUUACGUGGAAUCAAAAGCCUAAAGAAGGUGUUGGUGUGUUAAAGAAAAUUGAUAGAAUCAUGGGCAAUAUUUCUUUUGUUUCUGAAUUUCCAAACUCGGUUGCUUUGUUUCAUCCGUAUAGGCUAUCUGAUCACUGCCCGUGUAUUCUUAAUAUUCCCACCCCCGGAAAAUUGAAGCCUAGAUCGUUUAAAUUUGCCAACUUUUUGGUUUUUAAGCCGGGCUUUAUGGAGAUUGUAAAGCGUGUUUGGGAUACUCAAAUUGAUGGGGUCCUUCAGUUCCGAGUAGUGAAAAAACUCAAGUUGUUAAAGUCUCCUCUUCGGGGUUUAUUGUUUCAACAAGGGAAUUUGCACAAGAAAGUUGAGAAUAUUCGCCGGGAAUUAGAUGCGAUCCAGCUUGACAUUGAUUUAAACCCGAUGAAUGCGGGUCUUCUCUCUCAAGAGGCUAAACUUUUAGCCGAUUACCAGGAUGCUUGCUUAGAUGAGGAACGGUUUCUAAAGCAAAAAUCGAAGGUGGAUUGGUUGCGGGCCGGUGACGCAAACACAAAGUUUUUUCAUGCUUCGCUGAAAAGCAGGAAUCACGUGACUCGAAUUGAGGUUAUUUCGAACUCUCAUGGAGUUUUAUUCCAGGGAGAUGACGUUUCUAAGGCUCUAGUCCAUCAUUACGAGAAUUUUAUUGGCAUAGAAGAUGACAUUAAUUUACAUCCUACUCAUGAUCUUUUUGUUAAACGGUUGCGUAAUGAAGACGCUAAUCAUAUGGUCCGCCCGGUUACUAGCGAAGAGGUCAAGCUGGCUAUGUUUUCCAUGGGCAAUGACAAAGCUCCGGGCCCUGAUGGAUACACAGCUGCGUUUUACAAACAUGCGUGGCCGAUUAUUGGCCAGGAUGUGGCGAGUGCAAUCAUGGAUUUCUUCAGUUCUGGUAAGCUUCUUAAGGAGCUCAAUAGCACGUUAAUUGUUCUUAUUCUGAAGAAGCCUACUCCGUCAUCUGUCACGGAUUACCGUCCUAUUGCAUGUUGUAAUGUUAUUUACAAGUGCAUUAGUAAAAUUAUUGCGGAUCGUAUAAAGUAUUACCUGAAUCAGAUUGUUAGCAUUAACCAGUCCGCAUUCGUUCCAGGAAGGAAAAUUUCUGAUAACAUCUUGCUUACGCAAGAAUUGAUGCAUAAUUAUCACAGGAAUAAUGGUCCUCCGAGAUGUGCGUUCAAAGUUGAUAUCCAGAAAGCGUAUGACACAGUUGACUGGAGUUUUCUCAUGCGUGUUCUCAUGGGUUUCGGUUUUCAUUCGAAAAUGGUAGAGUGGAUAAUGACGUGUGUUUCCACUCCUACCUAUUCGGUUUGUGUUAAUGGGGAUGUUCAUGGGUAUUUCAAAGGGAAACGUGGCUUAAGACAGGACGACCCUUUAUCCCCUUAUUUAUUCACGCUUGUUAUGGAAAUAUUGACAUGCAUUCUGCACCAAGCUACUCAGUUGGAUUCUUCGUUUAGAUUUCAUAACAAGUGUGAAAAGCAACAUAUCAUUAAUCUCUGUUUUGCUGAUGACUUGUUUUUAUUUGCUCGAGGUGAUGUUCAGUCAGCUCAAUGUAUCAUGGAGUCGCUUACUCGAUUCACCAACAUGUCCGGGUUGGUCCCUAGCAUUCAGAAAAGUACCGCUUUCUUUUGUAAUGUCUCAAAUCAUGUUAAAGUUGCUAUUUUGGAUAUCCUGCCGUUUGAAGAGGGUCUUUUACCGGUAAAAUACUUAGGGGUGCUUCUUAUUUCUUCGAGGCUUCGGGUUAAAGAUUGUAGUGUUCUUCUUGAACGCUUGGAUGAGGGUUCUUUCCAUAGAGGAAAAGCGAAAGUUUCGUGGAGAGCUAUCUGUGUGCCUAAAUAUGAAGGUGGCCUCGGUAUUCGUCGGGUCGGAGAUGUUAAUAAGGCCCUUAUGUUGGACUUGGAGGAAAAUCCUCAAUUACGGCCGUUGGUUAAGGAGCAUAUCUGGCAUUCUUUGGGCGCUGGUAAUACCAUUUCUGCCUGGUAUGAUUCUUGGUGUCAUCUGGGUCCUCUUUCAACCUUAUUAUCGCCUCGGGUCAUUACGAAUGCGGGAUUUCGGUUGGAUGCUAUGGUUUCGGAUGUUUAUAGACAUGAUUCUUGGGCAUGGCCGGCUGCUUGGAGGGACUUAUUUCCGGUUCUUAAUCAGCUGGAUCAUCUUUGUCCGGAUCAAAACAAGCUGGAUCGAUUGGUGUGGAAGGAUGGCGAUAAUAUGCUUGAUCAUUCAUCCUUUACGGUUUGGAACACGAUUCGGCUGAGAGAGCAGGAAGUGGAUUGGGCAAAAAUUGUUUGGUUUCCUCAAUGUAUUCCUAGGCACGCUUUCUUGGUGUGGCUAAUAAUGCGACGAAAACUUUUGACACAAGAUAAAAUUUUAAAGUGGGACUUAGCUAGGAGGAAGAACAUGAAUAUGAUGUGCUGUCUCUUAUGCUAUGCGGAUGUCGACUCCCAUGAUCAUCUUUUCUUUGAAUGUCAGUUCUCUUCGCAGGUGUGGAGCUUGGUCCGAGGUAACGUCAAUAUGGAUAAUGUUCAGCCUAAAUGGUCAUCGAUUGUGAACUGGUUGAUGGUGAGAAGUCAGUCUAAGACGGCAGCCAAUUAUGUUGCUCGUGUGCUUGUAGGUGCGACUGCUUACAGUAUUUGGCAAGAGCGAAAUGCUAGACUUUUUAAAAACCAAACGGGUCCACCGGAUUUAAUUUGCAGCAUCAUUCUAAAGACAGUUCGAUACAAAUUAAUGGGAGUAAAAUUCAAACCUUGUGCUAAUGUUCGAAGGCUGCUUGGAAAUUGGGAGAUCAAUGAUGACGCUAUGAACGAUGAUGGGGGCUGA